GAAUCGAUGUUCUGUUCUUAAUUUUUGGUAGUAUGUAACCGAUUUGACAAUUCUUCCAUAGGUUAUCUUUUUAUCAUAAACCGUCUGAUUGACCAUUUCCCCUGCAUACGAUCGUAUAAACAUCUCAGAAAGAAAAAAUCUCUACCAUUUAUGAACAGUAAAAUCCUCAUUCCAUCAAUAAUUUGAAUCAAUGUUCUAUUCUUUAUUAUUGGGGGUAUUUAACCAAUGGGACAGUUGUUCCAAAGCUUAUCUUUUAUCAUAAACAGUCUCAGUAACCAGUUCCCCUGCUAAUGAAGUUUGAACAUAUAAACAUCGAAGGAGUACCGACAGGUAUAUUCAAACACUAGGAAAAUAAAGGAGCCUGUCUGUUUAAACUCCUCUAUUUGUCUCCCAACUUCUACUGGCCUACGAAGAAACUGGAAAAUAUAAGUUCUAUUAGAUGACAUUUUUUUCUCGUUUCUUUCUCUGGUGGCCCGUGACAGAGUUCCAACUCAGAGCCCCACUAAAACUCCACGUUUUUCCUUCUUCCUAGUGUUAAGUCGGCUCAUUCUUAGCCUUAAAGACUCAUUGCUUGAGGUGCCCUAUCCAAAUCCAUGUCAUUUGGAGCAAAAUUUUCAAAUUAGAUUUCUCUACGCCUUCCCAAUUUAUUUCUAUAAAUUCACAAGGACGAUGCUAUUGCAAUCACAUAUCAUCUUUUGUUGCAAGUAAUCUGCUCAGAUUGGGUGUUCUCCACUUCUUGGGCCUGUGAGUGACUCAAUGUUGUGGGAAACUGAAUAACAUAGAGUGGUUGACUGUCUUUUCUCAGUGUGGUUGAGUGUCUUCUAGAUUUAACUGUGUAGUACUUAGGUUUGUCAGAUCUCUCUUAAUGACCCAUCAUCAGGGUUAAAAAAGAAGCCUGUGCUGAAUAUAGGCCUUGCACUUUUAGGGGCAAGAACCCAAGGUUGGUCUUAGCAAGCAAUAGAUUUGCAUACCAGCUGGUCAACCAUGGAACAAACUGAUAUAGAAAGAGAUAAUACAACUAGUGGGAUUACUCCCAUGGAAGUUAACAUAGAAGUAGAUGAAAAUCAGAAGAAUUAUAGUGCAAAUGAAAAGCCGGGCUUUAAGGGAUGGGUGCAGAAAACCCUGUGGCAUGGUGGUUCUAAUUAUGAUGCUUGGUGCAAUGCUGUCUCUGGCCAGGUGGGCCAGGUGAUCCUGUCCAUGCCUUAUUCCUAUUCACAAAUGGGCUUGAAACUUGGGAUUUUCUUCCAUCUCCUGUACGCUAUAGUGGGUAUAUGGACUUGCUAUAUGCUGUCAUGCCUGUAUUUGGAGUACCGCUCUCGUAAAGAGAAGGAAGGAGCCACUUUCAAAAACCAUGUCAUACAGUACCAUGAAGUCAUGGGAUACUUAGUUGGACCCUGGCUGAAGUAUACAUCUCUGUUCUUUAACAUUGUCACCAUGGGAUCUGUGGCAGUUGUGCAGAUCAUAGCAUGUGCAAGCAAUGCAUAUUACCUAAACUCUGACUACAAUAAACGAACGUGGGCUAUCAUAUUCGGAGGCAUAUCAACACUCACGAUUCUCCUUCCAUCAUUCCACAAUUUCAGAAUAUGGUCCAUCAUAGGAGUGCUCACUACAACUUACACCGCCUGGUACAUGGUCGUUGCAGGGCUUCAUCACGGCCAGGUACCCAACGUAAAGCACUCUGCUCCAAUAUCGAUGGAAAAGUUUUUCACAGGGACCACCAAUAUACUCUUUGCAUUCGGUGGUCAUGCAAUCACCAUAGAGAUCAUGCAUGCUAUGUGGCAGCCAAGAGCAUACAAAUAUGUAUAUCUUGUGACAGUGGGAUAUGUGAUGACAAUUACCAUGCCACACUGUAUAAUACUCUACUGGGCCUUUGGAGAUGAGCUGCUGGAACAUUCCAAUGCCUUGUCAGUGCUCCCAUCUUCGCCCUUCAGAAGUGUAGCAUUGUGUUUCAUGAUAGCUCACCAGGCAAUUGCAUUUGGACUUUUUGUUAUGCCACUAAAUUUCAUGUGGGAGAAAGUGUUGGGAGUGCAUAAAUCACACUAUCUGACCAGAGUAAUUGCAAGGCUUCCAGUGGCAAUUCUCCUAUGGUUCUUAGCAUUGCUGUUUCCAUUCUUUGGGCCACUCAACAGCAUAAUAGGCUCAAUCAUCAUGAGCUUUUCCACCUACAUAAUUCCAUCCCUUGCCUAUCUCAUCGUCUACAGAACAAAUGCUUCCAGACAGGAGGCUGCUGAUAAACCAAAAAAAUGGAUGCCACGUAAGAAUGGGAUAGUGGUCCUGAACUGGUCAAUUGUGGUACUUAUUGCAGUACUUGGAUUUGGCUUUGGCAGCUGGGCAAGUCUUUCGAAUCUAAUCAAACAAGUUAACACUUUUGGAGUCUUUGAUAAAUGUUAUCAAUGUUCAUAGAUGCAAAAUAUGAAUAACAGUAUACCUUAUCAUCAUAAUGGAUGGGGUCAUGACAGAAAGUUUCAAGCCUGUAAUCUAUCAUCCUAGUGGGAUUGUGUGAGAAAGUUCAAAGCUUGUUAAAUGAGAAUUUUGUUUCUCCUGUGUACUGCAUAGAUGUUUAAUCUGUUUUUAAACUGAUCUGUAGCUUUUCUAGCUUACCUGUUUGUAUGUAACUGUUCUUACAACUAUUUCGUGUAAUUUUACUUAUAAUUUUCUUAAUCCAAUAUAAAAAAAACUCCUAUGUUGACCACAAGGAAGUUUAUCUGA